AUGGGCAUAAAUUGCAGAACUUUCCAAACGGGGUGUGGUAUUCUACCAACCCCACUCAAUUCCCACUCUUCACCGUUAACUAAACACCCCAAAACGUCGAUAGCUCCUUUAAACACUAACAAAACCCGUUGUAGAACCACUCCUAAUAGUGCCCCAGUUCCCAUCGAUCGCGGAAAGGGGAAAAGUUUCAGCAAACAUGUUUUUGAUAGUGGCAUUUUGCUUUCUGAACUUUGGGCUGGGCCUACAUAUUCGAAUUCUCCACCACCCACUUCCUUGCCUAUUUCGAAAUUUUCUGUGAGGCCGAAGAGGAGUGUGUCCCUUGAUCUCCCUGGUUCUUAUCCUGAAAUUGAAUUGCAGUUACAUGCUAGUUCUGCCCCUUCCUCCCCUUGUGGGAAACAUUCUCCAUGUGUCAGAGACCUCUUUGAUUCGCCGACGAAGGCAUUGAGUCGCAUCCUCAAUCUUAGAUUGGAUGAUGAAUGA